AUGGGAUUCACCGGAGUGAGAAACGUUAGAAGCACCCUAAAGGAAGACCUGAUGCAGGAGUUCCAGAACGUGUUUGACGAAAGGCUGGGCAAGUAUGUGGGGACCCCGAUUUCGUUUAACCUCAACCCCAAUAUUGCACCCAUCCGCUUAAUGCCUAGGCAGGUACCGUUCACCCUGAAGCCCAAAAUUGACAUUGAACUGGACAAAUUAAUCAAACAAGGGGUGCUCGUUCCAGUCGACCACGCCAAAUGGGAGACCCCGAUUGUGACACCGAUCUUCGCAAAACUCGAUCUCGCACAGGCGUACCAGCAGCUGCCGGUAGAUGGCGCUACCGCAGAAGCACAGACUAUCGUAACCCACAGAGGGGCCUUUAAAGUAAAACGAAAUAAAUGCAUGAUCGCAGUUCCCUCAGUCGAAUUCCUGGGGUACAGGGUAGAUGGCACCGGCAUACACCCCACAGAGAGCAAGAUCAGGGCAAUCCAAGAAGCACCCACCCCCAAAGACAAGGCAGAAUUACAGGCCUUCCUGGGACUAUUAAACUUUUACGCCAUCUUCCUUAAAGACAAGGCAACAGUGGCAGAACCCCUACAUAGACUGUUAACCAAGAAAGCCACAUGGAAAUGGGGGAAGGCUGAAGACAGGGCAUUCGCCGGCAUCAAAAAACUGUUAUCAGCUGAAAGCUUUUUAAUACAAUACAAUGCAAUGCUUCCCCUUGUUCUAGCAUGUGACGCGUCCCCGUUCGGGGUGGGAGCCGUCCUGAGCCACAGACUCCCGAAUGGCCUAGAAGCGCCCAUUGCAUACUACUCCCGGACCCUAUCAAGCGCCGAGCGAAAUUAUAGCCAGCUCAACAAGGAGGCCCUCGCCGCCGUUUCGGGAGUAAAGAAAUUCCACGAGUACUUGUUCGGGAGGGAUUUUGAACUAAUCACCGACCAUCGACCGCUCCUGGGUCUCCUCGCGGGAGAUCGACCAACCCCAGCAGCACUAUCACCCAGGAUGACACGCUGGGCCAUCUUCCUCGCAGCAUACUCCUAUCGCCUGGUAUAUCGACCAGGGGCGGACAUGGGCAAUGCGGACGCACUCAGCCGAUGCCCACUACCUGAUGGCCUAGAAGACCCCACACCCGGCAUCCCCAUCCUACUAAUAGACGUUUUGGACUCUGGGCCCAUAACAUCAGCCGAGGUUGCGAGAGCCUCAACCAAAGACCACGUGAUCUGGACAGUCGCAAGUUGGGUCAUGAGGGGGUGGCCGGAAAAGAUUGGGAGCGGGGACGAGCUGACAAUGCAAGGAGGGUGUUUGCUAUGGGGCGAUCGGGUUGUUAUUCCUUUAAAUUUACGAGAAAAGGUUUUAACAUUGUUGCAUGAGGGGCACCCUGGGAUUGUAAGAAUGAAGGGGCUAGCCAGGAGCUACGUCUGGUGGCCCAGCAUGGACACAGAUAUUACCGAGUGGGUGGGGAGAUGCCAGCCCUGCCAAGAGUCCAGAUCAGAUCUACCAACGGCGCCCGUGAGGGAGUGGGAAAGGCCCCAGGGACCCUGGUCCAGGAUACACAUUGAUUUUGCAGGCCCAUUUCACGGACAGACCUUCAUGGUCGUUGUAGACGCAUUCUCCAAGUGGUUGGAGAUCAAGCUAAUGAAGGCCACUACCACCGACGCAACCAUCAGGGAGCUGAGACAGUUAUUCACCACCCAUGGGUUACCGGACAUCCUAGUGUCAGAUAACGGGCCACAAUUCACCGCGACACAAUUCGAGGGCUAUUUAGCAGGACUAGGGAUCAGACAUGUCCUUUCAGCCCCGUUUCAUCCGGCCAGUAACGGACAGGCAGAGAGAUUUGUAAGGUCAGCAAAGGAGGCCCUUUCACGCUUAAGCCCCAGAGACUGGCAGGAAAGGAUAGUUAAGUUCUUAAUAGCGCAGCAUUCCACACCCUGUACAGCCACAGGCCGAAGCCCAGCAGAACUAUUAAUGGGACGGAAACUCCGAGGAAUACUAGAUAGGCUCAACCCCAAUUACUCUCCAGAGGUUUUCAAGUGGGGGGGGAGAGGAAGCUUAGAGAAUUCACCAUAG